UUCAUUCGUUAGCCCUACAGUUCCAUCUAGCGUAGACAUCGAGCACUCCUACUAAAAGCAGCGUAGGUCAUUCUCUGGCUUCUCUGCAGUUGUGAAAUUAAUAGUCACUAGGCUAGACGCCAUAGGCAAAAUGUUGACUGACAGCAGGAGCUGUCGAAUGAGACGCCAUGAUGAAACUUUCCACGAGUGGUUGGUGAAUGAACCAGCUGACUUUGGUAUGCUGUAAGGCAAGUGGCAUGGUGUUUUGAAGCGUCAGUUUCGGGGUUUCUUUUGCCUGAUUUUAAGAGAACAGCUACGUUUGUGUUACGUUAUGUAGAAUUUUGUGCGAUACGAGUGGAUUUGAAUUUCAACUUUCAUUCUGUUGACAGCAGGACAGCUGCACUUGUAGCCCUUAUCAAAUUACAAACUUCACUUAGGUCUGUUGCAAGAGCUACUCAGAAAACAAACGCUAGGCAAGGCAAGGCAAGGCAAGAGCAUUACCGUUUAUUCAGCAAAUAAUAGACAUAUUAUAUUAACAUUGUGUCAGAUGUAGGGUGAAUGUCAGUUAUAAAAGCAAUUGACAGUAUCGAGUAGUAGGCCCUACACAAUGGAAUGUCUUGAGCCUGAGGAGCAACUCCUGAAGUCUGCAAGGGAAGGAAACUUUCAACAGAUCCAGAGCUUAAUCCAAGCGAAGAUGAAUCGAGAAUUAGACCUUAACAUCAACUGUCGAGGUGGAAGUAAAUUCAAUUCAGGAUGGACACCCUUGCACCAUGCAUCAUACUUUGGCCACAAACAGGUUGUGGAGGACUUGCUUAAGGCUGGGGCUAAUAUGAACCUACAGAAUAACAUGGGAGAUACACCCCUUCACAAAGCUGCACUCAGUGGCAGAAAGGAGAUUGUUCUGUUGCUGUUGCGAUAUGAUGCCUGUGCAACAGUUAUCAAUGGAUCGGCACAAAUCCCCAAAGAUGUGACCGAGGACGACGAGAUCAUCACCAUGCUGGAGGCUGCCCAGAGAAGAGAGGAGCGGAAGCUGGAGGACAGGCUUCUGGACGCAGCCAGAGAAGGCGACAGUGCAACACUCACACAGCUGCUGAGCAGAAAGAGGCCUCCAGAUAUUCACUGCAGAGACUUGCUGGGGAACACGCCUUUACACUGUGCUGCCUACAGGGGUCAGAAGCAGUGUGUCAUUAAGCUGCUGAAGAGUGGCGCCAUCCCCACUAUGAAAAACAAAAAUGAUCAGUCUGUGUUUGACCUUGCUAACAGUGAAGAGAUCCGACUCCUUGUUGAGACCAGUCAGGAGAAAACUUCUGCAUUUACAGUGCAGACAUUUGAAGGGCCUCUUUGGAAGAGAUCUAAUUUUCUGGGCUGGAGAUCACAUUGGGUAGUUCUGAAAGAUGGUGUUCUUUCAUGGUACCCUAAGAAAUCUGAUGCUGAUGAUGCUGCACAUAAGCAGGGCCACCAGCCCCUAAUAAGGGCUCAUUGUAUGUUCAGAGCCUGGGAUAGGUACUUCUUCACUGUUAAAUGCUUUGAUGGCCGUGUCCAUACCUUUAAGGUGCCUGCCAAAACCGAUCCAGAGGCUCUCCGGAAAAAAUGGCUGGAUGCCAUCGGAGAGCAUUCCGCCUGGAGCACGUACCAUAGUGCGUCGGAGCAGGCCUGCGAUGAGGAGGACGAGAUAAACAUGGAGGAUGACAAUGGCGCCAUGUCCUUAGGAGAUCUCACUGACUCCCUGAUGGCAGCUGAGGCCAGCCAACAGAAACUGGAGGCUCAGGUGGCCAUCUUUGUGUCCAUGGUGAAGAAUGAGGAAGAUGACAAGGUGGCCACGCCCGUCCUCCUGAAGGCCCGAGAGACGGCCCACUGCUCCAGAGAGACCUGCUCAGCUCUGCGCCACUGCCUAGACCUACUCUCCCAGAGGGAAGAGGCGUGGAGUCUGAAGUUGGAGCAGGAAGUGGAGAAGAACAAGAUCCUGUCGGAGGCGCUGAAGAACGUGGCCACUGAGCACCACGAGCUUGAGCAGUCCCUGAGACGGGGCAGGAAGUCCCCGACACUGAGCACGCUCACUGAGGACGAGUUCUAUGAUGCAGUUUCUGACAGCGAGUCCGAGCCAUCUCUGAGCGGCUUCUUGUCGGUGGCCGGACAGUCCUUCGACGAGGACGUCGAGCGCAAGUCCACCCAGCGCAGCACCGCGGCCGCCGCCGAGCGCCCCGAGGGUCACGCCAGGAUGUCAAACGGGGGUAACCAUGGCGGCGAGAAGGGGCACUGCAACGGAGUCAAGAGGCACAGCAGGUCCUGUCUGCCCACUCCCAUGUUCUCCCGGAAUGACGUCAGCAUCUGGAGUAUCCUGAAGAAGUGCAUCGGGAUGGAGCUCUCUAAAAUCGCCAUGCCGGUGGCCCUCAACGAGCCCCUGAGCUUCCUGCAGCGGCUGACGGAGUACAUGGAGCACACGUACCUCAUCCACCAGGCCAACACGUCCGCCGACUCCAUCGAGAGGAUGACGUGUGUGGCGGCGUUCGCUGUCUCGGCGGUGGCAUCCCAGUGGGAGAGGACUGGAAAGCCCUUCAACCCUCUGCUGGGAGAGACCUAUGAGCUGAUCAGAGAGGACCUGGGUUUCAGGUGGAUGUCGGAGCAGGUGAGCCACCACCCUCCGGUCAGUGCCUUCCACGCCGAGGGGCUGGAGAACGACUUUGUCUUCCACGGCACCAUCUACCCCAAGCUCAAGUUCUGGGGCAAGAGCGUCGAGGCCGAGCCCAAAGGCAGCAUCACGCUGGAGCUGCCCAACCACAAAGAGUCCUAUACCUGGACCAACCCCACAUGCUGCGUCCACAACAUCAUUGUGGGCCAGCUGUGGAUUGAGCAGUAUGGCAAUGUGGAGGUGAUCAAUCACAAAACUGGAGAGAAAUGCUGUCUGAACUUUAAGCCCUGUGGUAUUUUUGGAAAAGAACUCCACAAAGUUGAAGGCUACAUAUAUGACAAAAGCAAGAAAAAGAUCUGUGCCAUCUAUGGCAAGUGGACCGAGUGUCUGUACACAGUGGACCCGGCCACCUUUGAUGCCCACAAGAAAGCUGACAAGAAGAAUGUAGAGGACAAGAAGAGCAGCAAACAGAACACUGUGGACGAGGAGCCGGAGGAGAUGCCCCUCCCCGACGCAGAGACGGUCCAGGUCAUCCCCGGCAGCGAGCUCAUCUGGAGAAUAUCCCCCCGCCCAGAGAACUCGGCCCAGUACUACGCCUUCUCGACGUUUGCCAUGCAACUGAAUGAGCUGGAGAAGGAGAUGGAGGGAGUCCUGCCCAGUACAGACUGCCGCCUCCGGCCAGACAUCCGUGCAAUGGAGAACGGAGACAUAGAUCUGGCCAGUGCUGAGAAGAAGCGGCUGGAGGAAAAGCAGCGAGCCGCACGGAAAACCCGCUCCAAAUCCAACGACGACUGGAAGACCAGGUGGUUUCAUCAGGGACCAAACCCUCACAAUGGAGCACAGGACUGGCUCUACUCCAGCGGCUACUGGGACAGGGACUACUCUCAGGUCCCGGACAUCUACUAAUGACCUCCAUUCCCUCCCCCAUUGGUGUAAGGGCGUCCACUCUGUUCACACACGUCUCAACUCAACUCUAACUCAGUGCCGUCUUUGUUCUUGUCUACUGUAUAUCUAUGUGUGGGUUUGCCCUGGGAAGGGCUCGGGGGUUAUGUAGCUGUUUAUUCAGGGAAGGACAUUAUGCGAGGAUGUACGGAGGCUGGCUGGUCAGAAAAAUAAUGAGGUUAUAAGAGAGAUAUCUGACUGGCUGAACAGAUCAACUCAGGCAAGGGGGACACGUGAAGGUUAGACAGUAGCUGGUUUAACCCACAUUGAUGGUUGGCAAGAGUGAAGAACCAUGCACACCAUCCAUAGCCUAUAACGGUCUUCCUUAAAGCACAAACAUUGAGCCUUCAGUGUGAAUUUUGCUGUGAACAGAAAUUGACCAAGUUAAUUUGCAUUUACCUCCUAAAAUAGGUCUGUUCUGAAACGACAGACUGCUAUAGGUUUUCUCGUUGUUUGUUUCUGCUGGCUUUUUAUUUUUGACUUUUUUUUCCUUAUUUUUGAAAUGACUUCAGUAGAAUGUGAUUCAUUAUUUAAUACUCCUCCAUAUUCUCUUCAUCCUGCAUACUACAGGGAUUAUUUGUACAGUACCAGACAUUUUUACUUGAACUCUCUCUAUCUCUCUCUCCUCUGUAUAUGCCAUUUGACAAAAGGUAACAGACAUGUUACUGCAGCUUAUCAGACUGUUGUGAAACUCUUCAAAUUAACUUUUAAAAUGACAUCGCUACUAGAUUUCAUAGAUGUACUGUAUAUCUUCACAUAUAUUCUCCGGAAAGGAGUUAAUUAGCAAGUGCUAGUUUUAUAGGCUGACUGUAGUCAGCACUGUCUCAGAUUUGUUAUUUUGUUUUUUUCAAAUAUACUAUUUAACGCAGCAUGUACACAGUUAAUUUAUGAACGGAGAAGUGUAGAGCCUUGCCCUAGCUACAAUGGCUUUUUGUCCAGACGGCACACACUUAAUAUUUGUUGACUCCCUUUAUUUGUUUGUGCAGUUUUACGAUGAGAGUUGUGUGUGUGACUGCGUGUGUUUAUGCACAUACGUGUGUGGGUGCAUUGUUGCAUUUAUCCUAUUUAUCACUUUGAACCUCUUACACAUCUAUAAUGUUGUCAGCUUUCAGUCAAGUCCUUAAAUAUCUCAUUGAUAAAGUAAUGAAUAGGCUUGGUGCAGGUCCCAAAGUGCAUAGAGCAUCUGGAAAUGCUGUAGAUUUGUACAUCAUAGAUUUGAACACUGUCAUAUUCCUUCUUAAAUAGAGAACACUUGUUAUUAACUGUACCUAAAGAAGUCAUGAAGCUGUAACUUGAUUGUACAACAACGUGCUAUCCACUUGCCACAUGAAGAAGUUCUGCAGCUGUAUUAAGAUAUUGGGAUGAAAUGCCAACUGAAAUAUGUCUCCCAAAUGGCACCCCAAAAACUCAUAACAAUUGACUUCUCUGCCUGCCUCUGGACCCAGCUCUACCUUUACUAUGCAAACAUGUACUGCACACAGCUCUCUGCUGACUCCCCCUGGUGGCUCAUGUGUGCACUGACAGCACUCCUCUAUUUCUUGACGUGUAGCUGCUGUGUAAAGUGUUCAUAAAAAUUGUACUAUAAAAAUUAGAUUAGGCCGUCGUGGCCUGAUAUGUGUUUGUUCUUAACUUAUGUCAUUCUUUGUCAAUAUCAUGUAAACAAAGUAAAAAAGCAUUUCUAUCGUUGCUAAAUAAAGGCUUAAUAUUA